AUUUCUGUACCGUCACAUCGCUGCUUCGCCGGGCGGGAUUUCCGCAAUAAUAUCAAGUAUGGCGAAGACAUACGACUAUUUGUUUAAAUUACUGUUGAUCGGCGACUCCGGUGUGGGGAAGACCUGUGUCCUCUUCAGGUUUUCAGAAGACGCCUUCAACUCAACGUUUAUCUCAACUAUAGGCAUUGAUUUCAAGAUUAGGACAAUAGAGCUUGACGGCAAGAAGAUAAAGCUGCAGAUAUGGGAUACAGCUGGUCAGGAGCGCUUCCGAACAAUCACAACAGCCUAUUACAGAGGAGCAAUGGGCAUCAUGCUUGUCUACGACAUCACCAAUGAGAAGUCUUUUGAAAAUAUCAAGAACUGGAUAAGGAACAUAGAGGAGCAUGCAUCAUCUGAUGUUGAAAAGAUGGUCCUUGGCAACAAGUGUGACAUCAACGACAAGCGACAAGUGUCCAAAGACAGGGGGGAGAAGCUCGCAUUAGAGUAUGGAAUAAAGUUCAUGGAGACCAGUGCAAAGUCCAACAUCAAUGUGGAAAAUGCAUUUCUGACACUCGCCAGAGACAUCAAAUCAAAAAUGGACACAAAAUUGGAGGGCAACACGCCGCAGGGGAGCAGUCAUGGAGUGAAGAUCUCAGAGCCUCAGAAAAAGACCAGCUUCUUCCGCUGCAGCCUCCUCUGAGGACUGAGGCCUUCCAUACUGGCUGCCAGCUGGCUGGACAUAAAUGGACUGUGCUUGCUCUUAGCACUUCCUUCCCCUUCCUUUCUUUCUACCCAUCCAUGGCCUGUCCUCCCAGUCCGCACAAACCAUUAUAUUCCCAGUAAGCGGAGGACUUUCCCUCCUCUCUUCCUCUUCUGAAAGCUUCCAGUGGUGCAUCUCUUCCAUUUUAAGGAUCUAUUGUCUUCAUGGGUCGGAGUGCUUGAUUGGUCGAAGACUCAACCAGGAGCAUUGAGCGCAUGUUGCUUAUCACACAAAUGACAGGCUCUUACUUCUGAUGUUAGUCUCUUUGUACCACACACUCAUAUUCCACGCAGCCAGUAGCACAACAGAGGAUGAGAAAUUGUUAAAUGUCAAGGUUUUGGGAUUUCAGACACAAAUGUGAUAUUUAGAUCUAUUUUUAUUAGUGCCCUCUAACUUUUUAAGUGAUAAAUAUCAACUAGAGACUGACAGGCUUGAACUCUCGUGAAACAGAGUUGCUUUUCUUUUCAUUUCACCACUUGAGAAUCAUAUCGCGCAUCAGGCAGUCAAGGAUCAGAGAGGAAUCUGAUUUAAACCUUUUCCAUUUGAGUCCUGCUCUUUGCUUUCAGUCCUUGACAAUCAUUUGAUGUGACAUAAAAUGUGUCUUGCAUCUCGCCCUGAUCAUAAAGCACUGCCUCCAACUGCUUUUACCUUUCUGCAAUAGCUUUCAGCGGCUGGAAGCCAGCUUGGCAACACAAAACCUAAAAAUAUAAUCCAGAGCUCAGUAGACAAAAUUCUGUUGUCAAAUUAUCGGCAGAGCAUGGUGAGGUGCUUCUGUGUAGGCUUUCUCUGGUGUCGUAACCAGCAGGAAGUGAAAAUGUGCUUACACUGCAAUGUUACCCAUAUGUAAGAACAAUAUUUAGGAAAAUAUCAGGAUGCGCACGCUGUAUAUUCUAAAUAAUCCUGUAAAAAGGAGUGUAAUAAGACCCCAUUCACAAUUAUUAUAGAUUAUUCUGCCACUUAUUUUCUUGAUUAAUCUAUAAUUCUUUCGUCUAUGAAACGUCAGAAAAUGGUAAAAUAUGCCAUUUAAAGUUCCCUUAAGCCUAAAGUGAGGUCUUCAAAUCUAAAAAAAACUUCUUUACUACCACAUAAGACAAAGAAAAGCAUUAAAUCCUCACAUUUGAGAAGCUGGAUCUAGCGAAUGUUUGGUAUUUUUUUCUUUAAAAUUGACUAAAAAAAGCUGGCAAUUUCUGUCCUGACUGAUUGUUGCCUUUAAUUAGUUUUGGAAGGUGUCGUAGCAGCUCUGAUUCACAGUCAAGCUAAAUGACGUCUCCGGUUAUUUGAUCAGCAAUUAAACUCAGUCUUGAAGUUUCGCACUGUAAGCCCCUUCUCCCCCUGCUAUCCAUGCAGCUCUCCUUGCACUUUACCAGUAAUUCGUGUUUUGUGUGUAGUCUGUGCCAAGUGAUAGUUUUGCAAUACAACUAUACAGUUACGUCGUUAAAAACGUUUCGAGUCUCGGUAAUAUAAUGGGCAUAAAUCCUAAAAAAAACUUUUUUUACUUCACCUACUUAUAAAUGACUUGAUCUCCUUUGCUAUUUCACUGCUAGUGAUCCACUGUCCAGGUAUUCACUGCAAAAUAUUACCCUAAUGUACUUAUAUAUAUUUAUAAAAAGGAAAAAGAAUUAGCCAGGCUGUUUCUAUGCUACUGCCCUGCCAAAUUAUACUUUAAAAGUGAUUUUCUUUUUUGGCUUAUUACAUAAACGCUGGCUUGAAAGAUGGUUAGUAUUAUUGUUCACUUUCUUGUGUUUGUGUUUUAUUGUGGACAGCUAGGUGGCACUAGAGGCACAGUAUGCACUAUAGGAGACCACCUGAACUCAAAUUAUAAUCAGUAUUUUAUUAAGAGCGUGAGCCACAGUGAACUUGUGCGAUCCAAACAUGUACCCGCUAUUUAACAUUGAUGUUGAGUCUCAUUUUUUCCCCCCGUUGUUCCUCAUGUUUCCUUCCUACAUUUGUUACAUUUGUCUGAAAAUCAAACUCCUAUAUGCACAAUAUCAAGGGAGGAUCUGCUUUUGCUUGCCUGCACCUUUUUCUUAUUUUUCUUUUUUUAAAUAUCAAAUAAUUUGGGACCUCAUGACUACCAUGGCCAUUUGUCUUAACCGCUAAUACUCAGUUCUGUCAUCGGUGAGCUAUGCAUUGUGAAUCUUGGACCUGUGCAUAUUUAUGUAAAGUAAUUUUCAGACAUAAUUGUAGACCUGUACAGUUGAAUGUAUGGGCUUUUUUUUGUUUGUUUCGUUUUGUGUCAUUCACUGAGCCAAAAACAGGACUCUGUUUGCAGAAAUGGCAUUGCGAGUGGGAUUGAGCAUGAUGGAGGAUGAAACAGAAAGUGUCUGGAUGUUGACAUGUGGAGAUAGUGCUGUUGUCUCAUUGAAGUGAUACUGUAGCUUUAAGUCAUGAACAGAAACGGGGAGCAGACUUUUGUGGGACUCAAACUGUGUCAAUUUCAGCUGAAAUGAUACUCCCUCUUUCUGAUUUUGUUUUUAAAUCAUAUCUUUUAAUAACAUACUGUACAUCCCUUUUUACAGCCAUAUUUUCAUUCCACCGAUUGUGAAGUACACAGGGAGAAUAAUACAAUACAUUUUGAAGAAAAAAAGUGAAAAAAUAUUGUAAAUAUCACAUUGAAAAAAAGAGAUCUACUUAAAUUGUACUGUACUUUCUAAACCCAUAUGAAAAUGUAUCUACAAUUUGUAGAUAUGUGUACUUUUGAUUUAAUAAAAUAAGAUUAUAAAACUU